AUGGCGUUGCCGCCGCGCCUGCGCAGAGGCGUCGUCUGCGCCGCGCUCCUCGCGAUCGUCCUCGCGUGCAAUCACUUCUGCCGCGACGCCCCGGGAACGAUCGAGGAGCAACUCCGCGCGGAUCCGUCGCUCGACGUCACGCCCACGCGCUUCAGCAUCAUGACCGCGUUGUACUUCGCGCCGUCCGCGCUCGUUCCUCUCGUCGCCGGCGGCGUCAGCUCGCUCCCGAAACACCACGCCGCGUACGUCUCGCCGCAGCGCGCGUUCGCGACCGUCGCCGCGGUGGGCGCGGCCGGGAACGUCCUGUCCGCGGCGGGCGCGUCGAGUGGGUCGUUCGCCGCGCUCGCGUGCGGCCGCGCGGUCGCGGGAAGCGUGUACGAAGCGAUCGACAUGACCCCGCUCGGGUUCGUCCCCGCGCUGCUUCCGGGGCUGUGGGGGACCGCGAGCGGGUUCAUCACCGGCGCGCUGCGGUUGGGGUCGGUGUUGGCGUUCGCGGCGUUGCCGAGGAUCUACGAGCAGUCCGGCGGAGGCGCGGACGGCGGCGGCGGCGUCGCGGCGGUGUUCUGGUUCGCGGCGUGCGUCGGUGUGGUGAUGUGGCCGCUCGCGGCGAUCGUUCGCGAGGUCGCGACGCGCGCGGCGUUCGACGCGUCGCCCCACUGGGGCGGGGGGUCCCUCGGCGCGCGUCUGCGCGCGUGGCUGAGCGACGGCGGCGACGGCGGCGACGACGACGACGACGGGGGAGGAGGAGCCGCGAGCGGCGGCGGCGGGGGAGAAGCGCUCAAAGCGUUCGAGUCGUCGACUGGCGGCGGCGGCGGCGAAGCGCCGACCCCGCCCAUCGCGUCGUCGAUCGCGACCGCGGUCGCCGCGGUCGUCUCCGCGGUCGAGACCGUGCCCCGCUCGUUCUGGCUCUACGCCCUCUCCGGGACGUGCAUGUACAGGCGCCGCCGCCGCGGUCGCGACGUCGCGGCGGCGGAUGAACUGAUGCUUCUCCCGGAGCUCGCGCUCGCGGUUCUGUCCGUCCCGAUCGGCGUCGCGGUCGACCGCGCGAAGCUGUCGUUCCGCGCGCAGCAGCUCGGGUUCUCCGUCUGCGCGCUGAUGAUAACGCUCGCGCACGCGGCGUUACUUUUCGGCGGCGACGAAGUCGCCGCGGUGUUCUUCCUCGGCGUCGGGUACGCGUGUUGCAAUCAGGUGCGUUCUAUACACUGGUUCCCAUACGACCGCGUUCGCGUGGUGAACGCCGAUCCUUAA